UUUCGAUUCACUUCACUUGACAGCCCUAUUCCCAGCUGCGCAAGUGAAUCAGGAUCAGAUCCGCGCAAGAAACCAUUGUUGGAUUGCUGUUGCUGUCCAAACUUUGAACCUGAAAUUAGCGAGCUCACAUCUAAAUUGGCCCCUCACCGCUCAUCCGGACAAAGAAUGUCCGGUUUUCACGAGACUUAACACUCGCCCGUGCCCGUCAAAGAGUUGAUUCAUACAUUGAAGUGCUCCGUAAAUAAAAAUAUAUAAAAUGAUGAAGGGAAGUGGGCCUCCAAAACGUGAAGGCAAAAUGCGAAUAAGAGCAUUUCCUGCCAAUAUGGACGAAAAAUACGUGGACACAAUUUGGUCCUUAUUAAAAAACGCUAUUCAAGAAAUUCAGAAGAAAAACAACUCUGGACUUAGUUUUGAAGAGCUGUACAGAAACGCCUACACAAUGGUUCUGCACAAGCGAGGAGAACGUCUUUACACUGGUCUCAAAGAAGUGGUGACCAGUCAUUUGGAGAACAAAGUUCGGCAAGACGUUUUACAAGCAUUGAACAACAACUUCUUGUCCACGCUGAAUAUGGCUUGGAACGACCACCAAACCUCCAUGGUCAUGAUAAGAGAUAUCCUCAUGUACAUGGACCGAGUUUAUGUCCAGCAGAAUGACGUUGAUAACGUUUACAAUCUGGGGCUGUCCAUAUUUAGGGACCAGGUGGUGAGAUAUCCUGUUAUUGGAGAUUCCCUAAGAACCACCCUGCUGGAGCUAGUUGCUAGAGAAAGAAGAGGAGAGGUCGUCGACAGAAUUGCCAUUAGGAAUGCUUGUAGCAUGUUGAUGAUUCUGGGCAUUGAUGCACGGUGUGUGUAUGAGGAAGAUUUCGAGCGGCCGUUCUUGCAACAAUCAGCUGAAUUUUAUAAGUUGGAAAGCCAAAAGUUUUUGGCAGAGAACAGUGCCUCUGUGUAUAUUAAAAAGGUUGAGGCUAGAAUCCAAGAGGAAAUUGAUCGGGCCCAGCACUAUUUGGACCAGUCAACCGAGCCUAGAAUUGUGGACGUUGUUGAGACGGAGUUGAUUAAGAAACAUAUGAGAACUAUUGUUGAGAUGGAGAAUAGUGGUGUCGUUCACAUGCUCAUUAAUCAGAAAACCGAGGACCUUGCGUGCAUGUAUAAACUCUUCAGUCGAUUGCGGGACGGCUUGAAAACGAUUUCGGACUGUGUAAGCAAGUACCUUCGUGAGCAAGGCAAGGGUCUUGUUCAGGAAGAGGAAGACUCGAAGCCGCACGACCCCGCAAUGGCCUGCACCGGAGGCACAAACGCCAUCACUUUUGUUCAGAAACUGCUGGACCUGAAGGACAGAUUCGACCAUUUCCUGAAGAAUUCCUUCAACAACGACAGAAUAUUCAAGCAGAUGAUUGCUGCCGACUUUGAGUUUUUCCUAAACCUAAAUCCUAAAUCUCCGGAAUAUUUGUCACUUUUCAUCGACGACAAGCUCAAGAAGGGAGUUCGAGGGAUGUCGGAGCAAGAAAUCGAGGCGGUUCUAGACAAAGCAAUGGUCAUGUUCAGAUUCCUCCAGGAAAAGGACGUGUUCGAGCGUUAUUACAAACAGCACCUGGCGAAGCGUCUUUUGUUGAACAAGUCCGUUAGUGAUGACUGCGAAAAGAACAUGAUUUCUAAACUCAAGACGGAAUGUGGCUGCCAAUUCACGUCAAAGCUGGAAGGUAUGUUCAAGGAUAUGACUAUUUCCAACAGCUACAUGGAAGAUAUGAAGGAACAUCUGUCAACAACAGGGCAAACUUGCAUCGGUGGAGUCGAUCUGAAUGUGCGAGUUCUUACCACCGGAUUUUGGCCGACGCAAACUGUGGUACCCAAAUGCAGUAUUCCAGCAGCUCCAAGAGAAGCAUUUGAAGCUUUCAGAAGGUUUUAUCUGAGCAAGCACAGUGGUCGGCAAUUGACCUUGCAAGCGCAGCUGGGUUCAGCUGACCUCAAUGCCUAUUUCUACGGUUCUCUGCGGCCCUCUGGAAAAACCGAUGAUGGUCCUGCCGGUGGUGGCAUCGAACUUGCAGCCACAUCUUCCUGUCCGUUCCCAACCAGCAGUGGGGGCAGCAAGCAGCCAAGGAAACACAUCAUACAGGUCUCUACCUACCAGAUGUGCGUCCUUAUGCUUUUCAACAAUCGAGAGCGACUUACUUACGAGGAGAUUUUAAGUGAGACUGAUAUUCCUGAGCGAGACCUCAUCAGGGCUCUUCAGUCCCUGGCCAUGGGUAAGUCAAGCCAACGAGUUCUACUCAAACAUCCGAAGACAAAAGAAAUCGAGCCCAGCAACAUUUUCUGUGUUAAUGACAACUUCUACUCCAAACUCCACAGAGUUAAAAUCCAGACAGUGGCUUCUCGUGGAGAGACAGAGCCUGAGCGAAAGGAGACAAGAACGAAGGUGGACGAAGAUCGCAAGCAUGAGAUCGAGGCAGCCAUCGUGCGUGUGAUGAAGGCAAGAAAGAGAAUGCAGCACAACUCGCUUGUGGCUGAAGUCACACAACAGCUGAAGGCUCGUUUCUUGCCGCAUCCAAUGGUGAUCAAGAAGAGGAUUGAAGGUCUAAUUGAGAGAGAAUAUCUAGCCAGAACUCCCGAGGACAGAAAAGUUUAUACAUAUGUUGCUUAAGAAUUCAAGUUUGAAUAGCAGCUGGCAAAAAGUGAAAAGCAUGAUUUUAAGUCAUGAGUGAAUGUUCGGUGUGUUCAAAAUUGUGCAGUUAAUGCUGGUUGAAUCAUGGUGAAACUAUUCAGUGCAGCGUCUUUUGAGGAAUGUGAAUGAUUGUAAAAUUCAAUUGAUAUAAGUAUAAAUAAAAUCUAAGGUUUGCGAACAAUAAAAUUAAGAGAUAAAAUGAACAAUUUUAGUAAAAAUUUAAUAUAUUGUCAAAAUAUCAAAGCCCUAAGACAUUUUUAUUGCAAAUCUGCUGCAGCGCUGAACAAAACUAAGCAUUGCUAUUUAAAACCAGACCAAAGUUGAUUUUUGAUUUUAUAUAAAAUAAGAUAUAAAAAAAACCACUUAAAAAU